CUCAGUGGCUCUCACUCACUCUACUGUGUCGAAGAAACCCAAAUCCAAAAAAAAACUCCGUAACAGUUAGUGUGCAUGAGCUAAGAAGGAAGAAACAGAAUGAUUCUGCUUCAAAGUUUUUGUCUUUCUUCUUCUUCAGCUCUGUCGGCAUUGUUAUUGCAGUGAAGCUUUUCCAAUUUUUUUCAUUCCGCUGAUUCCCUUCGGUUCAAGCUUGUCUCUUCUCUCUCUCUUUGCUACUUGCAUUUCGUUUGAUUGGGCUUGUUGUUCCUUCAAAGGUUGUUGAAUUUCAUCAAAAGACCGUAGCUUUGAGGGAUGAGGAUUUUGCUACUACUAUCCAUGUUUUUCAUGUCUGCAAUGGGGCAACUUCCUUCACAGGACAUCAUGGCAUUGCUCGAGUUCAAGAAAGGCAUCAAACACGACCCCACAGGGUUUGUCCUAAACUCCUGGAACGAUGAGUCCAUCGACUUCAACGGCUGUCCUUCUUCCUGGAACGGUAUCGUCUGCAACGGUGGUAAUGUAGCUGCUCUUGUUUUGGACAACUUGGGUCUGUCUGCAGAUGCUGAUCUCAGUUUGUUCUCCAACUUGACAAUGCUUGUCAAACUCUCCAUGGCCAACAACUCCAUCUCUGGUGUCUUACCAAAUGAUCUAGGCGGUUUCAAAAGCCUCCAGUUCCUUGAUUUGUCUGAUAACCUCUUCUCUUCUUCGCUGCCUAGAGAGUUUGGUGGAUCAGUGAGCUUGAAGAAUCUUUCUUUAGCUGGUAACAACUUUUCUGGUGAGGUUCCGGAGUCUAUGGGCGGGUUGGUUUCGCUUCAGUCGUUGGAUAUGAGUCGUAACUCCUUAUCUGGACCGUUGCCAAAGUCAUUGACAAGGCUUAACGAGCUGCUCUACUUGAACCUGUCUUCUAAUGGUUUCACUGGGAAGAUCCCAAGGGGCUUCGAGUUGAUCUCCAGUCUUCAAGUGCUUGACUUGCAUAGUAACUCGUUUGAUGGUAGUCUUGACGGGGAGUUUUUCAUUUUAACAAAUGCGAGCUAUGUGGAUUUAAGUGGGAACAGAUUGGUGACAACGUCAGGGAAGCUGGUACCUGGUGUUUCCGAGAGCAUCAAGCACUUGAACCUCAGCCAUAAUCUGCUCGAAGGUUCAUUGACUAGUGGGUUUCAGUUGUUUCAGAACUUGAAAGUCUUGGAUCUUAGCUACAACGAGUUAUCCGGAGAGCUGCCUGGUUUUAAUUAUGUCUAUGAUCUUCAAGUACUCAAGCUUAGCAACAACAGAUUCUCGGGUUCGCUUCCUAAUAACCUGCUUAAAGGUGACUCCUUGCUUUUAACAACGCUGGAUCUAAGUGGCAACAAUCUCUCAGGGCCAGUAAGUGAUAUCAUGUCAACAACUCUUCACACCCUUGAUCUUUCUUCAAAUUCGCUGACGGGAGAGCUUCCUCUCUUGACUGGAAGCUGCGUCUUACUUGAUCUCUCAAACAACCAGUUUGAAGGAAAUUUGACAAGAUGGUCAAAAUGGGAGAAUGUUGAGUACGUGGAUCUCAGCCAGAACCGUUUCACUGGGUCGUUCCCAGACGUAACUCCUCAGCUUCUGCGAGCAAAUCAUCUUAACCUUUCCUUCAAUAAGCUCACAGGCUCACUUCCAGAACGGCUUCCAACCCUUUAUCCGAAACUCCGUGUUCUUGAUAUAAGUUCUAACAGCUUGGAAGGGCCAAUCCCAAGUGCAUUACUGUCCAUGCCCACUUUGGAGGAAAUCCACCUUCAAAACAAUGGCAUGGUAGGUAACAUAGGACCCCUGCCGCCUUCUUCUGGUUCCAGAAUCCGUCUUCUUGACCUCUCUCACAACCGGUUUGAUGGUGAUCUUCCUGGUGUUUUGGGAACUUUGACCAGUCUCCGAGUGCUGAAUCUCGCAGCAAAUAGCUUGUCUGGAUCUUUGCCAAACUCCAUCAAUGACAUGGUCUCUCUAAGCUCAUUAGACGUGUCACAGAAUCAUUUCACCGGACCACUCCCCAGCAACUUAUCUAGAAGUCUUAUGGCCUUCAAUGUUUCAUACAACGAUCUCUCAGGGACUGUGCCAGAGAAUCUGAGGAACUUCCCACCAUCUUCCUUUCAUCCUGGAAACAGCAAGCUGAUCUUACCUGCUGGUUCAAAUGCAUCAGAAAGUUCCAAGAGGAAGAAGCCAAGGAACUUACUUAUUAAGGUUGUGAUAAUAGUUUCCUGCGCCAUUGCUCUUAUAAUCCUCAUCCUUGUGGCUAUCCUCCUAUUUUGCAUCUGCAAAUCAAGAAGACAGCAAGAGCGUGGUGUCACAGGUAAAGAUAUUAAUAGGCGGACUCAAACAAUCCCCUCAGGGAGUGGAGGUGGUACGGUUAUCUCUGCUGAGGAUCUCGCUGCUUCAAGAAAAGGCUCCUCAUCCGAAAUCCUCAGUCCAGAUGAAAAGCUGCUAGCUGUUGCAACGGGCUUCUCUCCUUCAAAGACAAGUAAUCUGUCAUGGUCACCUGGCUCAGGAGAUUCAUUUCCAGCUGAUCAGCAACUAGCACGGCUUGAUGUUAGGUCACCAGACAGACUUGUGGGAGAGCUGCAGUUUCUGGAUGAUUCGAUCAAACUGACUCCAGAGGAAUUGUCUAGGGCACCAGCUGAAGUUCUGGGAAGAAGUAGCCACGGGACUUCUUACAGAGCAACGCUUGAUAACGGAGUGUUUUUAACAGUGAAAUGGCUAAGAGAAGGCGUUGCAAAGCAGAGAAAAGAGUUUGCUAAAGAAGUGAAGAAAUUUGCAAACAUCAGACAUCCUAAUGUUGUGACUCUCCGAGGAUACUAUUGGGGUCCUACGCAACAUGAGAAGCUUAUUCUUUCUGAUUAUGUAUCUCCUGGAAGCCUUGCCAGCUUCCUCUACGAUCGACCAGGGAGGAAAGGUCCUCCUUUAGCUUGGAUCCAACGUUUGAAAAUUGCAGUUGAUGUGGCACGUGGUCUAAACUACCUCCAUUUCGACAGAGCUGUUCCACAUGGUAACCUCAAGGCAACAAACAUACUCUUAGAUGGAGCAGAGCUAAACGCACGUGUAGCAGAUUACUGCCUCCACCGUCUCAUGACACAAGCAGGCACAGUGGAACAGAUUGUAGACGCAGGCAUCCUCGGUUACCGAGCUCCUGAGCUAACAGCUUCAAGGAAACCCUUACCUUCUUUCAAAUCAGAUGUCUACGCAUUUGGUGUGAUACUUAUUGAGAUCUUGACAGGGAGAUGUGCUGGAGAUGUGAUCACAGGUGAGCAAGAAGGUGUUGAUCUAACGGAUUGGGUUAGGUUACGUGUUGCUGAAGGUCGUGGUGCGGAAUGCUUUGACUCGGUGUUGACACAGGAGAUGGGAAGUGAUCCUGUUACAGAGAAAGGGAUGAAAGAAGUUCUUGGGAUUGCCUUGAGGUGUAUAAGAUCUGUGUCUGAGAGACCUGGUAUUAAAACCAUUUAUGAAGAUCUUUCUUCUAUUUAGGAACAAUGUUUUUUUUUUUACAAUGUUUCGUAGGUUCCAGUGGAGUUGUGUUUAUCUCCUUUGUCAAGUUCAUGCUUUUGUUUAUGGAGAAGCAUGUUCUUUGGUUAAAGGAGGUUGUGUGUUGUUUCAUCACAUUUUCUUUGUAGAACAAUGAAAGCUAGCUAGCUCAUGUCUCAUGAGUGGAAUGCAAUUUCAUUUUAGUUUCUCUAUUCA